GCUGUCCCGUGGCUCCCUCCCCUUAAGGGUUCUUGCUCGGCCUGCCGCCACGACCUCGAUCCCCAGCCCUGUUCCUGGCCCUCGGUGCGGCCCCUGGCCUUCGGCAUGAGUUCAUCUCGUUCCCGCCGAGCCGCUCUCUCCGACCAGGCCAUCCCCUCUGGCCUUGCCCCGGCCGCGUCCGGGGAGCACAUCGCUGAUAACGUCGUGGUCGACGGCUUAGUGCGGGGCUCCCGCGGCCAGUUGCUGCAGACGGUAGACACGGAGUACACCGCGGACUCGGUCGAGUGGUGCCCGCUAGAAGGCUGCAGACACAUAUUGGCGUGUGGCACCUACCAGCUGCAGCAGCCAGAAGACCGGCCCGGCAUGAGAAAGGAUGAUGCGGGCUUGAACUGGGAUCCUCCAGCCCGCUUAGGUCGCCUCUACCUGUACAGCUUUAACGAGGAAAACCCUUCCACCCCCCUGGUGGAAAUCCAAAGGAGAGACAUGUCUGCCAUCCUGGACAUGAAAUGGUGCCACGUAUCAGUGGCUCACCACACCCUCUUGGGUUUGGCAGAUGCUGGUGGAUCCGUGCAGGUGCUCCACGUGGUGGACUCUGAGAAUAACUACUCGCUGCAGCCCUAUGGCAGCAUCUCUUUCGGCGAGCAGAGCCUGGCCCUGUCCCUGGACUGGUCCACUGUGAAGACAGGAAGGACUGAUGGCCAGCCCUUGAAAAUCAUCAGCAGCGACUCCAAGGGGAAGCUUCACCUGCUGAAGGUGCAUGAGGCCGAGAGAGAGCUACAGGUAGAGAACACAUGGCAGGCCCAUCAUUUCGAGGCUUGGAUCGCAGCUUUCAACUACUGGCAGACAGACAUUGUGUACUCAGGGGGCGAUGAUGGGCUCCUGAAAGGCUGGGACACCAGGAAGCCACACAGUUCACCUCUGUUCACCAGCAAGAGGCACUCCAUGGGCGUGUGCAGCAUCCAGAGCAGCCCUCACUCAGAGCACAUCCUGGCCACGGGGAGCUAUGAUGAGCACGUCCUGUUGUGGGACACACGUAAGAUGCAGCAGCCGCUGGCAGACAUACCUGUGCAGGGUGGCGUGUGGAGGCUCAAGUGGCACCCUUCCCUCCCCCACCUGCUGCUGGCUGCCUGCAUGCACAGCGGCUUCAAGAUCAUCAACUGCCAACAGACCCUAGAGGGGAAUCCGGACUCUUGUGCCAUCUCACUGUCCUAUGCACCACUCAACUCGCUGACCUAUGGGGCCGACUGGUCCUGGCUCUCCCUGAAGCCGCCACAGGCCCAGCAGCAGGCCCCGUCAACACCCUUCCACAAUGAACCGGGAGCCUGUUCCGCCGAAGAUGUGAUAUCUGGCCUGAAGUCCCUAAGCACAGUGGGGGAUGAAGAUGGAGAGGAGCAUGCGUCACAAGCCAGGCUCCAGCAUGUCGCAGGGAAGCCCGGUGACUGUGACCCGGUCCUGGAAGGCACCGGCUCGAACAUCAGCCUCCUAGCCACGUGCUUGUUUUACGAUCACACGCUUCACCUCUGGAAGUGGGAAAUGAGCUGACCUGGAGAGCUUGCUUGGAUGACCCAUAAAGCCUCAUUUCCACAAAUAAAGCUGAGGAUGACAUUGAGGCUCUGCCGUUGCUGAGGUCCAUGGCUGUCGUGUGGACAGCCAGAAAGGUUGUUAGCAGUGUUUGACCAGUUCUCCCACUGGGACAUGCCAAUUUCGGUUAGAUGGUGUUGACAGGAUCCCAUGUAAUAAAAAUGACCAACUCCA